UGUGUGUCACUAGUGCGCCGAGGCUGAUUAAACCUUCCGCCUGCUGGCUCCCAGUGCCACUCCCAGAAAAUAAUGAAUUGGGUAUGGAACAGUUAAUAAGAAUAUGUGCCUUGCUAACUGUGCACAUUACAACAAAGAGCUGGCAGCUCCUGAAGGAAAAAAAGGGCUUGUGCCGCUGCCGUUCAAACUUGUCAGUCAACUCGUGCCAGCAGCCUCAGCGUCUCCUCCCCAGCACACCCUCAUUACAUGUGUCUGUCUGACCUCAUCUGUGCAUCUGCUCACAGACGCUCCUGACAAGUCGGGAAUUUCUCCUUUUCUCCCCCGGUGGAAAGAAGAACGGAUUCCUCCCGGCCUCUUCUCUGUCGCCCCUACUCGGAUCCCCAAGGAGGCGCCUUGCUUUAUGGUAGUUUUGAACUUCCUUGCCUGGCUGCCUGUCCUUGAUUUCCAGAAUGGAAGAAGCUGAGCUGGUGAAGGAAAGACUGCAGGCCAUCACAGAUAAAAGGAAAAUACAAGAAGAAAUCUCACAGAAGCGUCUGAAAAUAGAAGAAGAAAAACUUAAGCACCAGCAUUUGAAGAAAAAGACCUUGAGGGAGAAAUGGCUUCUGGAUGGAAUCAGCAAUGGGAAGGAACAGGAGGAGAUGAAGAAGCAGAACCAACAAGACCAGCACCAGAUCCAGGUUCUAGAACAAAGUAUCCUCAGGCUUGAGAAAGAGAUCCAAGGUCUUGAAAAGGCUGAACUGCAAAUUGCAACCAAUGAAGAGGCAAUUUUAAAGAAAUUAAAAUCAAUUGAGAGGACAACAGAAGAUAUAAUACGGUCUGUGAAGGUGGAAAAAGAAGAAACAACAAGAGAGUCAAUUGAAGACAUCUACGCCAAUAUCCCUGACCUUCCAAAAUCCUACAUACCUUCCAGGUUAAGGAAGGAAAGAAAUGAAGGAAAAGAAGAUGAUGAACAAAAUAGAAAAGCAUUGUACGCCAUGGAAAUUAAAGUUGAAAAAGACUUGAAGACUGGAGAAAGUACAGUCCUGUCUUCAAUACCUCUUCCUUCAGAUGACUUUAAAGGGACAGGAAUAAAAGUUUAUGAUGAUGGGCGGAAGUCAGUGUAUGCUGUGAGCUCUAAUCACAGUGCAACUUACAACGGCACUGAUGAUCUCGCACCAGUUGAAGUAGAAGAACUUCUUAGACAAGCCUCAGAGAGAAACUCUAAAUCCCCAACAGAGUAUCAUGAGCCUGUAUAUGCCAACCCAUUUUGCAGGCCCACAACUCCCCAGAGAGAAAAAUUUACCCCUGGACCAAGCUUUCAGGAAAGGAUAAAGAUUAAAGCAAACGGACUGAGCAAUAAUAUAAAUGAAUCUAUACAUAAUAUGAACAAUGGACUUUCAGAGGGCAGAGGCAACAACUUCAAUCAUAUCAGUCCCACUCGUCCAAUACCUCAACCUCGAUCAACAAGUCAACAAGUAGAGGAGAGAUCCCACACCCCACAAAAGAGUUCAAUGACUCCUUGGGAAGAAGCAAAUGUAAUACAAGACAAACACGCAUCCUCUCCAAAGGCAAGUCUGAGUCCCAGAGAAACAGGACUUGAGAAGUCAGUACCCCAGGCUUCUUCACCCACUUGCCCAGAGGAUGAAGAUGUUAGAUAUAAUAUUGUUCAUUCCCUGCCUCCUGACAUGGGUGAUGCAGAACCAGUGACAAUGAUUUUCAUGGGGUACCAGCAGGCAGAAGACAAUGAAGAAGAAGAAAAGAAGCUUCUGACAGGCUAUGAUGGGAUCAUUCAUGCUGAGCUGGUUGUAAUUGAUGACGAGGAGGAGGAAGGGGAAGGAGAAGCUGAGAAACCAUCUUACCACCCCGUAGGCCCCCACAGUCAGGUUUACCAGCCUGUCAAACCCAUACCACUUCCUAGAAAGAGAUCAGAAGUUGGCCCUCAUGAGAACGCAAACCAUAAAUCUCCACACAAAAAUUCCAUAUCCUUGAAGGAGCAAGAAGAAAGUCUAGGCAGCCCUGCUCACCGCCCUCAGCUUGAUGUUCAGAUCCCUGGAGAUGGGACUGAAGAUCCAUCCCUAACAGCUUUGAGGAUAAGAAUGGCAAAGCUGGGGAAAAAAGUCAUCUGAGAAACAUACAUGUACUGAAACAUCCUUUGGAGAAGAAACUAAGAGGAGUUUGCAAAUUUCUCUUCUGGAUAUUUUUGUUUCAUUUUCCUAAAAUAAAAAAUCGUAUGGUAUAUACCUAUGUGAAGCCAUGUGAAUAAGCAGUAGUUACUACUUGUGAAAAAUUCUUAAAAAGCUGGGGAUAACAAAUGCUUGACUUUUCCAGUUAUUUGAUAUGAUCCAGUGCGGAGGGAGGGAAAACCGGCAUAUUUUUACUGUAUCGAUACCAAAGCAUUUCUAAUAAGAGCUUGUUAAAAUUAAGAAUAAAGUUAUUUAAAAUA